AUGCACUUCCUGUGGACGUCCUGCUUCGCGAUUGUCUGGCCGUUCGGGACCAUCUUCACGCUGAUGAACCAGCUGCUGGAGCUGCGCUUCGACGCCCUGAAGAUGCUCCACGUGCGCGGCCGCCGCUUCCCGAACUCCCACCAGAUGUGCGACGUGUGGGUUCCCCUCUGCUCGCAGAUAAUCUGCUAUGUAAGCAUCGCGGUCAACAUCGUGCUCGCCCUGAUCCCAUACCGGCAGUACCAGAUGUGGAUAUACGAUGCCGAUGCAGCCAGAGACACGAUGGAGCCAUUCCUCGUGCAGGGGACCUGGCAGAAGCUCCUGACCGCCUUCGCCGUGCUGUCGCUCCUCUUCGCCGCCGUGCGCCUCGCUGCCGUGGCGGCGGCCCGCUGCUGCCUCUCCUCGGCGGCCCCGCCCCGCGACGACGGCUCCCCGGCGCUCGCGCCGGAGGCCUCCGGCCCUCCGGGGGCCGCGCCCGCCGCCGAGGGGGGGCCCGCCUGCGCGGGCCACGCGGGCGUGGCGGCGGUCUGA